ACAAACAGGAAGAGGAAGCGAGCAGCUUGAUGCUGUGCUACCCAGGGGAAAUUUUAUAGUCUUUAUAUCAGUCCUUUUAAAUUUAUUAUCGCGUUUUCCUACGAAUUGUUUAUAACUUUGAUACGCUGGCUUCGAUAGUUUCUAACCAAAACCUGGCAAGGGGCGGGCUUCUUUCUAGCGCCGUCUAUUUUUUCCUCCUUUCGAAAAGGUACUGGAGCAGUAAAGGCACUUGGAGAAAAUUAAGCAACGUUUUUUUGUUUUAAAAUUGUAAUAUUCGUUGGUAGUCUAACCGAUGCAAAGACAGGCUCGGUAGUAUAAAAGCAGCCUGCCUCGGGAAAGAAUGACGGCUGUUCAGCUGAUAAACAUCCAACGCUAUUAAGAGGCUGCAGAAUAUUUAGAGAGAAGCGAAGAGAGAAUGGAACAUGGAUACGCGUCGACGUUUCCGGCCUUUCAGAACACAAACUACCAGAGGCAGAAAAUCCGAAAUAAGAAGUUCAAGCAGUAACCAUACAGGUCUACACAUAAUGAGUUGGAGAAGAAUAGACGAGCUCAUCUGCGGCUGUGUCUGGAGCGGUUGAAGGCCCUCAUACCUUUAGGACCUGACUGUAACCGACACACCACCCUAGGCCUGCUUAACAAAGCCAAAGCACAUAUAAAGAAACUUGAAGAAGUGGACAGGAAGAGUCAGUACCAGCUGGAGUGUCUGGAACGUGAGCAGAGGCACCUCCAGCGCCAGCUGGAACUCCUAAGGGGAGGCAGCACUGCUGUGGCCCAGAGCAGCUCAGGGGACAGUGAGAGGAUACGCAUGGACAGUGUGGGUUCCAUCCUCUCCUCUGACCGCUCUGACUCUGACCAAGAGGAGAUCGAGGUGGACGUGGAAAGCACGGAGUUCUCCCAUGGAGAGCUGGACAGCGUGAGCACGGCCAGCACCAGCGACCUGGAUGACCACAGCAGCCUGCAGAGCAUGGCCAGCGACGAGGGCUACUCCUCCUGCAGCGUCAAACUCGCCUUCUCCUCCUAGAGCCGCUCGCUGCUGCUGCUGCCGCCAACGCCCCACCAAACCUGCCCACUCGCCCCUCUGUUUACCCACCCACACCUACGUGCACACUCCCCAGUCACUCCCUCAGUCAUCUUGUUCCCUGUCCAAAAGCAGAGCCGGCUCUGAAGUCAGGAAUCCUGAUGUGAACUCUUUAAAUUUCUCAUUUCAACCGGAGACUUGGGUUAUAAAAAA